GAAUGGUUGAUCUACAAGUGAGAGUUCACUGCUGCUUAAGACGAGCAUACUGAAAAUGCCUGAAAUCGGAGAAGAAAACUUCUAUUAGAAUUUACCAUUGAACAGCCCAGCGCACUUCAAAAUCGUGCUCGGACUCCAGUUUUCUUCAAAGUGUUUUAUCGGAGCUCCCAAGCCUCAACCGAGGACGCGAAUCGAUCAUGGUACUCCAGCUGCAGCUCUCAUCCCAAUCCUCCCACCCUACUCACCACACUCCUUCAUUACAAAUGCGGCAUCCUCAGCAGCUGGCCUGACGAGCGCCUUCCUUUUCCCACUCCCCGAAAUACCACAGCAAUCAUUAUCCCUCUCAUUCUGUUCCCGUAAGCAGCUCCUGAGCGUCAGCCGCCGUCCGUAGGCUUGGCCACAUAGCAACGAUGCCAGACGAAAAGCCAAACAAGUACGAAGCGCUGCCCAUCCCGACGUACGAGGAAGCAAUAAACGGCGGAUCAUCGCGCACUUCUACGCCGCGGAAUCAUGGCACCGAUAGGAACGAGGCCGCGCAUCCCGCCGAGCGCGAGGGCCUCCUUGGAGGUGGAUUAGAUCCAGGCCGCAUACCGGUUCCGACACGACGGGCGGGGUACAGGCCGCCGUUGACGGAGGAGGAGGGUUCUACCAACGGCGACGGAGAGGAUGGGGAGCAUGACACGUUUCUUGGACAGAGUGGCGAUGGCAGGAGGAGGAGGGACAGUGAGAGCUCCGAGGACGAAGAGGUUAGGCGGGAGAUUGAGGAGAUGGAGAUUUCUGAGCCGGGGUCGACAAGUCAGACGACGUGGGGGAAGCGGAUCUCCAGUCUGAGCCAGAGUCUGAGUUCUCUCAAUCUGCCGUUUCGGUGGAGGUGGAAACCACGGUUACCGGAGGGGAUGAGUAUUAGGCUGCGGUGGCCAAGCAUUGAUGCGAAUUUUUGCAUUGUGCUGGGGAGGUGCUUUGCGAUUCUGUUGGUUAUGGCGCUGGUUUAUCUGGUGUUCAUGUCUGAUGUCUUUGCGGGCGCCGCGAGGGGGAUGGUGGGACAGAUGUUCGAUCCGGAGAGUGUGAGGCGGCAUGUGCAGAAUAUAGCGGAUGCGCAUAAGAUUGGGGAAUACCUGAGGGUUAUGACGGAGAAUGAUCAUUUGGCGGGCACGGAGGGUGAUUAUGUGCUUGCGCAGCGGGUGAAGAGGUUCUUUGCGGAGCAGGGGCUGGAACAUGUCGAGGUGGACGAGUAUGGUGUUUAUUUGAACUAUCCGAAAGAGGGAGGCAGGAAGGUUGAGAUACUUAAUGGGGAUGGGAGUGUGAAGUGGUCGGCGAAGAUUGAUGAGGAUCUUGUCUAUGCGGAUCCGCCGAAACCACAGACGCCGGUUUUUCAUGGACAUUCGAAGAGUGGCGAUGUGACGGGACCAGUUAUAUAUGCGAAUUACGGGUCGAGGGAAGAUUACAAAAGUCUGUAUGAUAGUGGGAUUGAUACGACUGGGGCCAUUGCGUUGGUUAGAUAUGGUGGGAGUCAGGGAGACAGGGCUCUGAAGGUCAAGGCUGCGGAAUUGGCAGGAUUUGCGGGGUGUAUAAUCUACAGCGAUCCGGCGGAAGACGGUUUCGUGAAAGGAGAGGUGGCUCCCAAAGGGAGAUUCAUGCCUGAGUAUGGCGUGCAAAGGGGUGCUGUCUCUUUGAUGAGCUGGGUGGUUGGAGACGUGCUGACUCCUGGCUUCGCGAGCAAGAAAGGGGCUAAGCGGAACUCUAAAGAGAACAACCCAGGCCUUGUCAACAUCCCCAGCUUACCACUCUCAUGGGGCGAUGCUCAGAAUUUAUUACAAGCCAUUCAAGGCGUUGGGCAACGCUGUCCUGAGGAAUGGACGGGAGGAAUUCCGAAUCUAGAAUACUGGUCAGGGAAUCUGUCGUCGCCCAGGGUCCGUUUGCUCAAUGACCAAGACGAGGUGGAUGAGCAACCGAUAUGGAAUGUGAUGGGCCGAAUUACUGGAGUCGAGCAGAAGGAGAAAGCGGUCAUCGUCGGCAACCAUCGAGAUGCAUGGGUCUACGGAGCUACGGACCCUGGAUCUGGAACAGCUGUGAUGAUGGAAGUUGUUCGCAUCUUUGGUGACCUGAUGCAGAAUGGAUGGCGGCCACUGCGGACGAUUGUGUUCGCUUCUUGGGAUGGCGAAGAGUACAACCUUAUCGGUUCUACCGAGUACGUCGAGAACAAUAUCGAUGCCCUCCGCAAAGAUGCCUACGCCUACUUGAACGUCGAUGUCGCAGUUGGAGGCCAAUCUUUCAGAGCAGCAGGAAGUCCAGUAUUCCGGAAGUCUCUUCUGCGAGCAUUGGACAGGACAUCAGAUCCCUUCCAGAACAAGACCAUGCGCGAGCUUUGGGACGAGCGUGGAGCUCAGCUCGACGGCCUCGGAGCUGGCAGCGACUAUGUCGCUUUUCAGGACAUAGCCGGCACAUCAAGUCUCGACUUCGGUUUCGAAGGUCCUCCAUAUCCCUACCAUUCUGCACAUGACAACUUCGAGUGGAUGGCCUCCGUCGGUGAUCCCGGCUUUGAAUACCACAAAGUCCUCGCCCAGAUCUGGGCCCUUCUCAUUCUCGAAUUCGCUGACAGACUCGUCCUCCCGUUUGAUAUCUCAGCCUAUUCGCAAUCCCUGACAAAAUGGGCGAUAGAGCUCGAGAAUUGGGCCGGCAGCAAAGGUGCAAAUCAAGACGGAUACACUCCCUGGAGCACCGAGCCAUUACGGGAAGCAGUCCUGCAGUUCGCACAAGAUGCCAAGACGUUCGAGAAGUGGGAGAUGGAGUGGGAUAGCGUGGUGCUUGGUGGCGGCGGGUACGAGAGUGCAAUUAUCGCUGCCCAUCGAAAGUCCCAUAAUAAUCGCAUGGCAAACUUUGAGACGCAUUUGCUGGAUUUGGAGGAAGGUGGUGGUAUACCCAACCGCACGCAAUUCAAGCAUGUCGUCUUCGGGCCGCAGCUCUGGUCCGGCUACGAUGAGGCGUUCUUCCCUGCUAUCCGCGAUGCAGUCGAGGCUGGGGAUUGGGAUCUUGCGAAGAAGCAGGUCGAGAAGGCGGCGGAUAUUAUUAAGAGGGCGAGUAAGAAGUUGGUUGGAAACGCUUAGGGUUGAAAUGUAUAGGCUGCACAGGAGAAAGUGUAUAUUUGUUUUGUUUGAAUUGGAUUGAGCGAGUAAUUGGCAUUGCAUUGGUGGCGUUGGGUAGAUCUUUUGUUGGGAAGGAAAUUUGGUCAUAGCGGUUCUUGAAGAAAAUUUGAGUUUUCUGGUUGAUGUUUAUUGUUCCUGUACAUUGAGAUUCUUCAGUGAACGUGGGGUUCCGCAACCGACCAAAUUAUCAGCUAAUCGUUCACCUCUCG